UUCCCCAGCUUCCUUCCCCACCCGGUCCACCCCGCCCCAGUCUGGCAGUCUGCCCCUUCCCUUCCCCCUACCGACGCCGAUCCCCAUUCCCCAAUCGCCCAUGGAUCCCAAGCCCUCUGCCGACGCGCCCGCCGCGGCGGCCGAGGAGCACGUGGCGUACCCGCGGAUGUCUCCGGAGGACAUCGCCCCGCCGCCGCCGCCUGUCGUGCCGCCGGCCGGCGCCAACCCCUACGUGCUCUCCGCCCCGUCGUCCAACCCGCCCUCCAAGGCUUGUUGCGGCCUCAUCGCUCUGGUUUUGGGGGAUGUAUCGCCGCUUGCAGGCGCUAGGGAGAAUCUGAGGGACAUGUUCGGCAUGGUGGGGAAGAAGUUCAACGAGGCCGCGCGCAAGACCGAGGGCAUCGCCGGCGACGUCUGGCAGCAUCUGAAAACUGGACCCAGCAUUGCUGAUACUGCCAUGGGGAGGAUUGCUCAGAUAUCCAAGGUUAUAUCCGAGGGUGGCUACGACAAGAUAUUUCAGCAGACCUUUGAGUGCUCGCCUGAUGAGAAGCUCAAGAAGGCAUACGUGUGCUACCUAUCAACGUCGCAUGGACCGAUCAUGGGUGUCCUAUAUCUCUCGACUGUGAAGAUUGCAUUUGGUAGCGACAGCCCUGUCAAAUAUGUGACUGAGGACAACAAAACUCAGUCAUCCUUUUAUAAGGUUGUUUUACCACUUCCUCACCUGAGAUCAGUUAUUCCCACAGCAAGUCAGCAAAACCCUGCAGAGAGGUACAUUCAGGUCGUUUCAGUUGACAACCACGAGUUCUGGUUCAUGGGUUUCGUGAACUAUGAUAGCGCUGUAAAGAAUCUUCAGGAGGCUGUUCGUGGUGUUCACGGGGCCUAGAGAUUGCCCAUUAUUUAUCCCCUAUGUGGAUGUAGUAUGGCCGUGUAAAUGUAUUUGUCCAUGGCACCUGUAUAGUUGUGCAUAUUUGUGUUGAGACUGGUACACAUCAUUAAGUAGCGCAUUCAGAUCCUUAGCAUGUGUACUGAACGAAGUUGACUGAAACCAGUAUUGUUUGGUAUACUCUAUUUGAUUGCUUGUUUCACGAGUGAAACAUCCAUUUCCAUUA